UCUCCCUCCUUGCUUUUGUCUUUUUGUUUGUGCUCCCUCCCUUUUUCUUUCCUCACUGGGGUGAUCAAGUCGUGGAGCUGGAUCUGUUUGUGGGCCGUCCCAGCAGCACCAGCCUACAGCAGCAGCUCAGGAAGUGAGAAAUCUGAGAACUUCUUCUGCUGUCAUUUUGCAAAGCUGGGGAACUAGAGCAGCCACGGGACUUCGGAAAAACUUACACACCGACACACGCCUAGUCUGCGGAGACUCAGAGGCAGCACGAGGGGAGAGGAAGAAGAAGAAGAAGAAGAAGAAGAGUAUGGAACCACUCCGAGUCGUACUGCAGAAGUACCCCACCCUGGCCGUGCUCGUGUUUGCUGUAGCUUUCAGGUUGGUGCACAGGUUGCUAAGGGACUUGCCUAUUCCAAAGCAUGUAGAACAAGACCAAGUGAAAAGCUGGCGAUGGAGGAACCUGACUGUGUCUCUGGUGCAUUCCUUACUGACCGGACCUUGGGCUGUGCUAUGCGUGUUUUCAUCUCCAGAUAUGACGUCUCAGAUCUACUCGUCCUACACCACUGUGGACUACCUGCUGGUGUGCAUCUCCUCAGGGUACUUCGUCCAGGACGCAGCUGACAUCAUCCUCAGCGGGCAGUCCAGGGCAUCUUGGGAGUUUCUGGUGCAUCACGCUAUGGUGCUCUUGUGCUUCAUGUACGCAAUCUACUCUCACCACUACGUGGGCGGCACUGUGGUCGCUUUGCUGGUGGAGGUGAACAGCGUCUUCCUGCACACGCGGCUGCUGCUCAAGCUGGCCAGCGCCCAGGACUCGGGGCUCUACCGCGUCAACAAGUACAUCAACCUGGUGACCUACGUCACGUUCCGCCUCAGCACGCAGUUCUACCUCACGUGGUACAUCGUGCAGCACUUCCACGCCCUGGACCACGCCGCCUUCUUCCUCUUCACCAUGGUGUUCAUGAACGGCAUGAUCCUCGUUUACUUCCAGCGCCUCGUCCACACCGACUUCCUGCGUCCGAAGAGACGCGCGGCGCACUGCGGCAAGGACAGCGCAGCCAGCAACAGCAGCGCCAAGUUCGUGUAUGACUGAAGAACUCCCCUUGACCUCUGGAAUACGCCAAACCUCCAGCGUAUCUCUGUGCCCUGUGCCUCAUGCAUCUGGGCAUCGGUUCCAGGAGUACACUACGCUCUGGUGCCUUUUUAAAGGACACUAUCCACUGUACCAAAUGAACACCCUCAUUGACCUGCAAAAUAUUCGUUUCUGAUGCAAUUCCCAGGGCUAAGUGUUACCAGCACUGAAGACACGUUACAUUAUUUCAAAUAGCUUUAGUCUAGACAGAAAAAGACUAAACUACAUAGUACUGCCAUUUAAAACAGUAGAGAGAGUGAAAGUAAAGUUACUACAAACAGAUGCAUGGAAUAAUACAGGGAUGGAAACACGACUCCCAUUGCACAGCAGUGUGAUCCACUUCUGGUUUUAGUAGGAGUUUAGUAAGACACACUGGGGCUAAUCAAGCUGGUAGUAACACCUGCAAUAGGAGUCAUAUUCCCAUCCCUGGAAUAGUUUACCAGGUAAGGUAAUAUAAACAAGAAGCAGGCCUGUUUCUUACAGGCUGAUGUUGCAUUGCACUCGUUGCUUUAACCCUAUACUGCCAAACCUAACACAUAUCCUAAAGCAGGGGUGCCCAAUCCUGGUCCUGGAGGGCCAGUGUCCUCCUGGCUUUUGUUGCAACUGUGCCCUAAAUUACUUAAUUGGACCAAUCA